AUGAGCAAAACACUUUCACAAAAAGCGGAGACCUUGCGUCAAGAAAUCAAGAAAUUAGUAGCUCAGUCUGUGCCAAAAGUCGACUCAGAAGAAAAACAGCUUGCUGUCUUCACAGAGAAUGCUUAUGGCAAGUCAUAUGACGGGACGCUAUUUGAUGACAAGGUGUCGAGGUUGGUAAUCGAAAUGGGUCUCACGGGAUGGGGAUGGGACUUGGCCUAUUUUUCACAGUCAAGACCAAUCAUCAACAAAUCUUCGCGUAUGCACCUCGUUACCCUGUCUGCAGGGGUAACCAUCAGUCCAGGCGGCGAUUUAGUUGAAGGCACCUCUCAAUUUGUCACUGAUGAGCCCACCCUGAGUUCACCCUCGACCAUUAUUUUUAUUGUACCGAUAUAGUUGAGACAAUUCAAAUGUAC